AUGGUCCGAAUAUCUCGCACGAGCGAAGCAUCGACAGCUCUCUAUUCUAGUGGAUCCCUCCGAUAUCGCCUCCGCCUUUGCAAACAGGAUCGGGCCGUCCAACUAGUGCCGGCGACUGAAUGGACAGUCUGCCCGAGCUUCUGGCCUGAACACAUCUUUCUGGCAUGCAACGGGCAGCCCGUGCGGCCUCGGCGGCGCCAGCACUUUCAGCACGAUGUCCCCAUUGAGCUGAGUGACCUGGUUUGCCCCGGCGAAAACACCAUCGAAAUCAGUCUGCCGGAGUUUACGGCCAACAUGGACAACUGCUCGACCUAUUUCAUGGGUGUCGAGGUUAUCACUACUCUCGACUACGAAGCAGUGCGAGAUCUUGUUGGGGCAAACGAGCAUAUCAGUGUCGACGAAACAAUACGGGAGAUCCAACGACGCUUGAAGCCAAGAGAUUCUGACGACAUCAUUGUCGAAGACGACCAUAUUCGCGUGGCAGUGGCGGACCCUUUCAGUUCUUGUCAGUUUAAAACUCCUGUCCGAGGAGUAGACUGCAAGCACAUUGAAUGUUUCGAUCUGGACAUUUGGCUGCAAACUCGCUCGUGCAAGCCGUCGCAGGACCAAGCCGAGCCGAGCGUAAUAGACUGUUGGAAAUGCCCUAUUUGCGCCCUCGACGCGAGGCCUGUCAGCCUCCGCGUCGACGACUUCUUUGCAGAGGUGCAAAGGCAACUAGCUCAGAGCGACGGAGUCGGCACCAAACAUAUCAGUAUCAAGGCCGAUGGAAGUUGGAACCGAAUCCAGGAAGCCGACGAAGCCGAAACGAAAGCCCAGGGUCAGCCUGAAACGAAGGUGCCAAGCGCGGAUUCGACUACUCAAACAGUUGUUAUCCUAGAUGACGACUGA